GCCAAUCAGCGCGAGGCCCUUGCCUGUGCACUCAUCGAGGGUUGCGUGGCAGUCUUUCUGCUCUCUCCCUACCACACCACACUUCCCACCGCGGCCCCUUUCUUGGAUCAGAGCACCGAGCCGCACACAGCUCACGAGUGCUUGCCUCCGUCGCAGCCGCCACUGCCAGACAUGUACCGCGCCCUCUCGCCCAUAUUCGACGUCCCCGAGCUGCCGACCCUCAGGCGGGUGAAGCCGCUCCCCAAGCGUCGACGCACAUCCGAGCCAUCGCAGAAUGACGCCGCCGGCCGCCCCUGCCCGCCACGCCCUCAGCGCCCAGAUGGCCUCCAGUCGUACUACAUGCCCGUCCUCGGCGGCGACGAGGACGAGCUCGGCGACGGCGACUACAUGGAGCACCUGCAGCAGCCGGGGAACACGAAGAAGAGGAAGGUGCCCGCGAACAUGUCGGGCGGGAUGCAUGGGCGGGACUCGGGGGAACUCGGGCGCGGAGGACGAGCCGGGCGAGCGGGGCAUACCGACGGGUGGCCGCACCGACCGCGAGACGACGCCGCGGGCGACAAGCUCGCGCUGCGCAAGGGGAGGCUACCGAAGGCGACGCUCGCGGGGCUGCAGCACAAGGAGCUGCUGAGGGCCCGGAAGCGGCAGCUGCAGGCCGUCAUCGGGCAGCUUCUCAGCGACAGGCCUCCGCCACUGCUGAGGGUGCGCCUCUCCCGGCGCCGAGGACCUCGGCUCGCACGAGCGUUCAGAGCGUUCCGCGCUGCUCUCCCGUCUGACACCUACGAGGCCAAGAUCGUCGUUCCUCCCGAAGCGGACUUCUCGUUUGUGUGCGACAGUCUCACCUCGAAGCGCCUAGUGGCGACAAAGGAGGAAGUCGCAGCUUUGCAUGCCCGCUUCGAAGCAGAGCUCGCGAGGCAGGCGGCGAAAGCGGCUGAAGCAGCUAAGCAGGCUGCCGCCACGCUGAACGGCCCGCUGGCCAAAAGGAAUAAUCGCUCCAAGCGCGGGGCGCGUGGUGCGGACGGGAAGGCUGCGAACCUCGAGCAAUCCCUGCUAGGCGGACAGACAGGCAGCGGGAAGAAGAAAAAGCGAUCCGCCCUGGCAAACGCGUCGAAUCCACACCACUUGCGGAACUACGUCCCGUCGCGCCUCCCUAACUCCGCGCAAGUGAACAUGGCUCAGAACGCCGCGAAUGCGCAGAACCUGCUCAGCCCGCUGCCCAUCGGCUUCCUGUCUGCCGAGCUGCCCCCUCGCCGCCGAAAGAAGAACGAGCGCCCGGCCGUGCCGGUCCCGACGCUCACGAACCCAGCGGACGAGUGGAUCUGUCCGUUCUGCGAAUACAGUCUCUUCUACGGGGACGAGCUGGGCUACCAGCGCGCUAUCCGGAACAGGAAGAAGAUACUGCGACGCCGCCGGAGGGCACGCGAGCGUGCUGCCGCGGCGGCAAGCGGUACGAGCGCUGCAAAGGCGUCGGAGAAGGAGGUGCCGGCGGCUGACGAUGCGUACCCCGCGUACGAGACGCCAGCGUACGAGAGCGGUGCGGCUGCGUCUGGCAGGCAGGCGAGGUGGAAGGACGAGCGGGACCGAGGGGGGCAGGCCCAUGUCCACAACGGUGCAGCGCACGGCGCUGUCGGAUAAUUCUCCGUGCAUACACGGAUGUGCAGUCGUUCUCCGAUCCGCAAGCGUAUACAGCAGACACUCGUUAGCACAUUGCUAGACCUCUAAUGCAUUUUUAUUGCCUGGUA